AAAAAAAAAAAGAAGAAGAAAAAAACAGAGAGAAGGGGGGAAAACUCGAGAGGAUUCCAAAAAGGAGAACAUUGUGGACAUACAUUUUUCCCCCAGUUAUCCCGUUCUUUUAUUUUAUUUUUUUUCAUCUUAUUUUAAAUAUUUUUUUUUUAUUUUUAUUUUUUUUAUUUUAUUUUUUUGCCAUUUCCUCUCCCGAAAAAUGAAACUUUGGACAUCUCCCUGGGUGUCUUGCCUGGUGAUUCUCAUCUUGUGUUUUGGAUCAGAGUGCGGGACAGUCCGGAGAAAGGGGAGAUCCAAGAGGGAGUUGGUGCGCAUUAGGGAGGCGAAAGCCACCAUCCCAGGGGCUUGUGCCACACGUCUGCCCCGGGGCAAGCGGUCUUUGCCCGGCUUGGAGCGACGGGUGCUUCGCCAGCGUCGGCGCUCCUCGCAGGCGGAGGAAAACUCUCCAGACCGGGGGAAAGCUGUCUACUUCACCGGCAGAGGAGAUCAGCUGCGGCUGAAGCCCGGCGUGGAGAUACCCAGAGGAAAUUUCACUCUAGAGAUGUGGAUCAAACCGGAGGGAGGUCAACGAUCACCCACAGUGAUUGCAGGACUAUACGACAAAUGUUUCUACGCCUCCAGUGACCGAGGCUGGCUGCUUGGCAUCCAGGCGGUUAGUGAACAUGGGAAUCGUGAUCCCCGCUUCUUCUUCUCCCUUAAAACUGACCGUGCCCACAAAGUGACCUCCAUCCACUCCAACACUCGCUAUGUACCCAACCAAUGGGUGCACGUGGCUGUCACAUACAAUGGCGUGUACAUGAAGCUCUUUGUGAAUGGCGCCCAAGUGGGCGUCAGUCGGGAGCAGUCAGGCGAUGUCUUCAGCCAUUUGACCAAAAAGUGCAAGGUGCUGAUGAUUGGCGGGAAUGCACUGAAUCAUAAUUACAGGGGGGCAGUGGAGAGGGUGGGUCUAUGGAGGCAGGCCAGAGGGCAGAGGCAGAUUAUCAGGGAUAUGCAGGGCCAUGAGGACCCCCAAGAUCUACCUCAGCUGGUCAUUCGUGAAACAUUUGAGCACCCAGGCCGGAAGUGGCUUACUGUAAAAGAUGGUAGCUUUCCUCAGCCUGAGCAGGGAGGAGGUGGACGAUUAGGUUUUCUGGGUGGUGGUGGAGUUGGAGAUUUGGAGGGAUUAUUGGACACAACGCUAGAGCCUCCAACUUGCGGUCAAACUGUCUGUGACAAUGUUGAGGUCAUCAAAAACUACAACCACCUUUGGACCUUCCGUCGUCCCAAGAAAGUACGAUACCGCGUAAUAAAUGUUUGGGACGAUGCACGGAUGAGGCCGACUGUAACCGACCACCAGAUCAGCCUCCAGCACCAGCACUUAAAUGAUGCCUUCAGCCCCUACAACAUCACCUGGGAGCUCAGCAUUCACAAUGUGACAAAUUCCUCCCUUCGAAACCGCCUGAUCCUAGCUAACUGUGAUAUCAGCAAAGUCGGCGAUGAUGCAUGUGACCCAGAAUGCAACCAUCCGCUGACAGGGUUCGAUGCAGGUGACUGCAUGUCCGGUCAUCGGAGCCGUUGCCCUGAACACAAGCAGGGGAAUGGUAUAUGUGACCCUGAAUGUAACUGGGAAAACUUCUUCUACGACCUUGGCGACUGCUGUAACCCCAAUGUGACGGACGUGACCAAGACGUGCUUCAACCGCUCUUCUCCACACAAAGCCUAUUUGGACGUGAAAGAGCUGAAAGAGGUUCUGCAGUUGGACGGCUCGACUCACCUGAAUGUCUUCUUUGCCAAUUCCUCUGAUGAAGAUCUGGCGGGGGUUGCCACUUGGCCCUGGGACAAAGAGGCCCUCACACAUUUGGGUGGAAUCGUGCUGAACCCCUCCUUCUACGGCACCUUCGGCCACACCGACACAAUGGUCCAUGAGAUCGGUCACAGUCUUGGGCUUUACCACGUGUUUCGAGGUAUAUCGGAGAUCGAGUCGUGCAACGACGCGUGUUUGGAGACCGAGCCGUCGAUGGAGACCGGCGAUCUGUGCGCGGACACAAACCCCACGCCCAAAUACAAAGGCUGCCACGAUCCAGAGCCGGGCAAUGAGACCUGUGGCUGUCGGCAUUUCACACACACGCCAUUUAACAACUACAUGAGUUAUGCAGAUGAUGCCUGCACGGACUCCUUCACACUGAACCAGGUGGCCAGGAUGCACUGCUACCUAGAUCUCAUCUACCAGACCUGGCAACCUGCCUCCAAACCGCCUCCGGUGCCAAUGGCACCCCAAGUGGUCGAGCAGCAUCAUAAUUCCAUCACCCUGGAGUGGUUUCCGCCGAUUUCCGGACACUUUUACGACAGAGAAUUGGGAUCAGUGUGUGAUAAAUGCACUGAGGGGAGAGUUCUACUGCAGUAUGCCUCCAAUUCCUCCUCCCCACGACCGUGUGCACCUUCUGGACACUGGUCCCCACGAGAGGCUGAAGGUCCUCCAGAUGUGGAGCAGGCUUGUGAGCCAAGUGUGCGCACUUGGAGCCCCAAUGCCGGGAUCGAGCAAGGUGUUGUCGGCCUGUCCGAGUGCCCUCUCCAGGGCUGCAUGCUUCAGCUGGAGUUCCCCUACCCAUUGGUCCCAGACUCCUUGACCGUGUGGGUUACCUUCUUCAGCCCUGAGGAAACGGCCCUACCAGCUAUCCACAACAUCUUGCUACUGACUGUCAGUGGGAACAACAUUUCGUUGGGUCCCAGUAAUGUCUUCUGUGACACCCCACUGACUCUGAAGCUGGACAUUGAAGAAGAGGUGUAUGGGGUACAGUUUUUCACGAUGGAACAACACCUAGAGAUUGAUGCCACCCUCUUGGUGUCAAAGCCAGACUGCACGCUUUGUAGGCAUUGCCAACCACUACGCUACCGUCUGUUGCGCCAGCCACCCUUCACCCACGCACCCCACGGUCUGAUGUUGAAUGAACCCACCCGCCGAUACACAGACAGGGAUGUCCUGCCACAUGUCGUGUACACCUACCAGGUCCAAACCAUCUCUGGCCACAGCGAGAGCGAGCCCUCCCCGGCAUUGGUGCAUGAACUGGGGGCCCACUACUGUGGGGAUGGACGCAUCCAGAGUUCCAAAGGGGAGGAAUGUGAUGAUAUGAACUCUAUGAAUGGGGACGGCUGCUCGAGUCAGUGCAAGAAAGAGACCUUCUUCAACUGCAUUGAGGAGCCGAGCAUGUGUUACUACUAUGACGGUGAUGGCGUGUGUGAGGACUUUGAGCGAGAGACAGGCGUGAGAGACUGCGGCCUCUACACCCCCAGUGGUUUCCUUGACCAGUGGGCCUCCAGUGUGGAAGUUUCCCAUGAAGAGAAGCCCUACUGCUCUGGGGAGGUGGCUGCUGGGUACCCUGCCGUCACUAAGACAUGUCAGUCCAAGGUGUUUGAUCUGUCGGAUGGAGUAUCCCAGUAUGCGUGGUUCCCUUGCCGUGAGGCCCAUGUGACAACCUGGGGAUAUCCAAGCUACUGGCUCAAGGCCCACUUUUCUCAUCCCAUGGUGGCGGCAGCUGUGAUCAUCCACCUUGCUGCUGAUGGGACUACCUACGUUGACCAGACUCAGUGCAAUAUCACUGUUCAGCUGGUGGACACCAAGGAGGGCAUCCACAGUCUAGGCGAGUGGCGUCUCAGCUGCCGGACCAACCCGCUGGUGAUCCCAGUGAGCCACGACCUGUCCGUGGCCUUCUACCACACCAAGGCUAUCCUGGUCAUGUUUGCCUCCCGCCUCGUGGCCAUCUCCGGCGUCGGCCUGCGCUCCUUCCAGUCCUUCGACCCCAUCACGAUAAGCGGGUGCCAGAGCAAUGAGAUCUACAACCCGACGGGCCAGAGUUGUGUACAUUAUUCGUGCGAAGCCAUUGACUGCCAGGAACCCUUAAUCCGCAAUGCAGAGCUCAAGUGCAGUAGCCCUGGCCGCCACUUCUUCAAUGGCGACCGCUGCACCAUCUCCUGCAACUCUGGAUAUGUCCUGCAAAUCCACCAGGAUGAUGACAUCAUCAAGAGCCAGUCGGACUCUUCAGUCACCAUAACGUGUGCGAAUGGGAAGUGGAACAAACAGGUGUCGUGUGAGCCUGUGGACUGUGGCCUGCCCGACAAAUACCAUGUUCACCCGGCCCAUUUCAACUUCCCUGAGGGCACCACCUACGGCAAGAAGAGCACCUUUCAGUGCAGAGAACCUGCCCAGCUCGUAGGUACAAACAACACCCUUAUUUGCCUCGCCGACGGUCUGUGGUCUUUCCCGGAGGCUCUUUGUGAGCUUCGCUGCCCUGCCCCUCCUCCCGUACCCAACGCUGUGCUUCAGACCAAGCGCUGCAACGAGACAGGCCUCAAAGUGGGCACUCUCUGCAAGUACAAGUGCAAGCCAGGCUACCACGUCACCAACAAACCUAAAAGGCGUGCCUUUAAGCGCCAGUGCACGGAGGACGGCAGCUGGCUCGAGGGGGCAUGCGAGCCGGUGACUUGCGAUCCCCCACCUCCCAUCUUCCACGGCUCCUAUCACUGUACCGACGGCUUCCGCUUCGACAGCGUCUGCAGACUCAACUGCUCUGAUCCUGCCGGUAAUACUGCUAUCGCCGCCGCAGGAGGCUCUGCCCAUACGGUGAGGCUGCUGCACGCUCCAUGCAAGCAGGGCGCGGGGUCCAAUGUGAUCCGCUGCAGGAAGGAUGGAAACUGGACAGGGUCGUUCCGCCUAUGCCCGAACAGCAAGGGCCAGUGUUCUCUACCUCAAAACCUCCAUUUUAGCCUACAGUACUCAUGCAAGCAAGGACACGGCAUCGGUGAGGAGUGUGAGCUGACAUGCAGAGAGAGUAACAACGAUGUGGUGAUCCUCCCUAGCAACAUGACAGUAGAAAGAGUACUUAAAGAGCACUGGAGGAACCCGCACAAAGUCAAGAGUAUAGUCUGUACAAUGGGACUGAAAUGGUAUCCACACCCAGAAUUGCUCCACUGCAUCAAAGGAUGUGAGCCAUUCAUGGGAGACAACUACUGUGAUGCAGUCAACAAUAGAGCCUUCUGUAACUACGAUGGAGGAGACUGCUGCCAAUCCACUGUCAAGACCAAGAAGGUGAUUCCCUUCCCCAUGUCCUGUGACAUACGGGAUGAGUGCUCCUGUCGGGAUCCCAAUGCUAUAGAGAACAGAAAGGACGAACAUGUCCAUUCCCUGGGGUGACCAACCUGAGCGGGGACCUCUGUUAAACGUCCCGGGACCCUUGCUCCAACGCAACACAGCCAGAGUGGCCGAGGCAGUACCCUCCUUCAUCCUCCUCUCGGCCUCCAAUUUCCUGCACAUGCUGCUUAACAGGCAUACCUCUUCAUCCAUACUGCAACCCCAAACCAGCUGAAAAUGCCUCCGCCUCCACAUCACAGAAAGUUCUAGAAUAGAGGCUGGGACUCAUGAGACUCCACAGAAAACUUCAUUUCUAAGCUAAAAGGAAAGUAACCCUACAAUAUCAUCAUUAAAAAACAAACAAACAAACAAAAAAACAAACAUAUAUAGCAAGGGAAAAAAAUGAAUAACAAGAAACAGACUUUUUUUUUGAAAGAAUAAGAAAACAAACAAAUGGAAAAAAAAAAAAACUAAACAAAAAACAUAACCAAGCCUAGGUAGCAUGCCUUUCGUUCAGUUUCGUGCUGGCUUUAGUGUCUAUUUUAGUGACCUUGCUCUACAAAUCACACGAUUGAACCAAAGGUAAAUCAAAA